AUGGCAGCUGAGAAGGACUUCGUCGACAAAAUGACGAGGAAAGAGAAUGCUUUUUUCACCCUCGAUCAGGAACCAGAGUUCGCCCCGUUUGGCCCUAGCCGCGAGGAGGCACCGCGACCCCCGUUCCCCCUCGGACUUGACGAAACCCAUUUGGCGAUGCGUGGCUACGGGGGUUUCGUUUGUGCCCAGUGUCUGCGCUUUUUUGUCCCGGAAGGUGAAAGUGGAACUGAAGUCCUUUUGGAGAGUCCUGAUAACGAUGACGCCAGGAAAGAAGGCCAUUCUUCGUCGCAGGAUCCUUCCCCAGUCAACCUUGCGCAGUCGCGGAACCCUAUCGUUCUGUCCUCUUCCGAGUCGGAGUUCAACAUGAGUCUCCUAUUUUAUUCGCGUCGUCUACGUGACGCUUUGGAAACGCAUCGGUUGCUAGCUAUCCAGUUUAAGCCAUUGGUAGAGAAAACGAGGAAGAGACCGCGGCUUCAACAGGGGGGCGGCUGUGAUGGUCAACAUCGUCUAGGGCCAGAUGGAAGGAGAAAGACAAACAUUUUCAAGUUGGAAAGGGAGAUUUUUCUUCUUUCUGCUAGCCAGUCUCGUGUUCUACUCGGUGGGGAGGUGGAGCGGCAGAACCAUACAUGUUCCGGUCACAGGGAUGCUGCGAACAGCGGGGCAGACCUGACUGCCUCUGAACAGAAAUACAACUGUUUGGUGUCGGGAAAGGAGGUAGGGGCUUGGUUGACGCAACCAGGUCGCGUCUGCCCCUGGAAGUGCUCAAGCGAGGCUCUCCCCGUCUUUGUACUGUCCCUUCCUGCUUUAAAUCCUUCGCCUAUCAUCUCCAUGGGUGGGUCGAGUGUACGCGUGAGGAAGGCAGAGGCUGCUCGGUCUCGUGUUUUCGUCGAUUUGCAUCGAAAAGGCUUCUUCGUUCGGGACGGCCUUGCAUAUGGCGGCGACUGGCUGCUGUACCCACUCUCUCCAUCUCUGUGUCAUGCGGCAGCUCUCGUGUUCGUUGUAGUGGCUCCCGAGAAGAGAUGUAAUUCUCAAGAGUGCAUGCGCUGUUCGCGCUCUAACAGAGGACGGUUCCUGCGCAGACUGAACCCUCCAGAUUCUUGUCCUUCGCGUAUGCUCCUCGAUACGGCUACGGAACACAACCCGGUUCUCCACCGUUCGGUGGACACAGCAGAGGACCCACGAGCUACCGACGUUUUCAGACCGCUGGAAGAAUGUCAAAAAACCUUGGAGUUCUCUGCGCUUUAUCCCGUAUCACUGGUGCGAAUGCAUCGGCUCGCCACAGCAGCAAAGAAGGCGGCAGUGCUGGCGCUUGUGGAGCUGGAAUCACGAGAACCUCCGCUGUACAUCCAGCUGGACCGCGUCAAGGAAGAAGACUGA